AUGAAUUGUAACAAAUUGUAGAAUGAAGAUUUGUAUCAGAUUCUGGUAAUAUCUAAAGAUGUUGAUCAAGUAGUCUUUCCUAUUCUAAUUAAAAUAUUCAAAAGAGAGAAAAUCUAAAAUUCUUUAGAAUUUCUCUAAUAAGAUCAAAAUCAAAAGCUCAAUGUUGGAAAAAAUAACAUAGAGAGAAUAAAAGACGUUCUCAACAAGGUUAAGGACCAUGAUUUUAAUGAAUAGAAUUAUUCAUUAGAUGAAUAUAAAGAAAUUAAAUAAGUUCUGAUCUCAAAAAUAUCUAAUGAUAAAAAGAUAAUAGAAUUCUUAAAAUUAUUAGCUCAACUGACUGCCUUUGAUGAGAGAUACAUAUAGUGUGGAUCUAAUUCACUUCAUUUAUUAGUUUAAAUGAAGGUUGAUUUAAAGGAAUAAUGUUUUGAAAAUAUUAGAAUUAGAAAUACUUCCUUAAUAGGGGCUAAUUUUGCGAGAUGUGAUAUGAGUGAAUCUGAAUUUGAGAAUGUCAUUAUUAGUGGAAUAAAUUUGAAUGGAGCCAAAUUAUUUAAUUGUAAGUGGAGAAUAUUAAGAAUAGAUGAGCUAGGUAUAUUAAUUGGUCAUAGUGGUGCUGUCAACUAAAUUACCUUUUUUCCCCAUGGAGGUGUAAAUCUAUUAGUAUCUUGCAGCAACGAUUAUUCAUUAUGUUUGUGGAAUGUUAAAACCGGAAAAAUACAGUCUGUAAUAUUAAUGGACGAAGAAGUAGAAUCAGCGUGCUUCUCCCCGAAUGGCAUAACAUUAGCAUUUUGCAAGUGCGAAUAUAUUUAUUUAUGGAAUCUUAAAACAGGAAAAUAAAUAUCAAAAUUAAUUGGUCAUUUAGAUAAAAUAAGAAAUGUUUGUUUCUCUCCUAAAGGUACUACACUAGCAUCUGGUAGUGAUGAUAACUCUAUCCGUUUAUGGGAUGUUAAGACAGGAUAAUAAAAAGUCAAAUUAGAUGGUCAUUCGAGUUGUGUUAAAUCGGUCUGUUUCUCUCCCGAUGGCAGUACAUUAGCCUCCUGUAGUUAUGAUAGGUCCAUCCGUUUAUGGGAUGUAAAGACAGGAUAUUAAUAAGUCAAAUUAUAUGGUCAUAAUGAGAGAAUAUAGUCAGUCUGUUUCUCUCCUGAUAGUUCUCUAUUAGCAUCUGGUAGCAAUGAUAAGUCUAUCUGUUUAUGGGAUGUUUAGACAGGAUAAUAAAAGGUAAAAUUAAAUGGUCAUAGUGAGAGAAUAUGGUCAGUCUGUUUCUCUUCUGAUGGUACUACAUUAGCAUCAGGUAGUUAAGAUAAGUCUAUCCGUCUAUGGGAUGUUAAUACAGGAUAAUAAAAAGCCAAAUUAGAUGUUCAUAAAAAUUGGGUCAUGUCAGUCUGCUUCUCUCCUGAUGGUUUAACAUUAGCAUCUGGUAGCAGUGAUAAGUCUAUCCGUUUAUGGGAUGUCAUGACAGUAUUAUAAAAAGCCAUAUUUGAUGGUCAUUCAAGUUGUGUUAAAUCAGUCUGUUUCUCUCCUGAUGGUAGUACAUUAGCAUCUAGUGGUUAUGAUAAAUCUAUCUAUUUAUGGGAUGUUACGAGAGGAUAAUAUAAAGUCAAAAUAAUUGGUCAUAGUGAGCAAAUUUGCUUAGUCUGUUUCUCUCCUGAUGGUACUAUAUUAACAUCUUACAGUAAUGAUAAAUCUAUCUAUUUAUGGGAUGUGAUGACAGGUUAACAAAAAGCCAAAUUAGAUGGUCAUUCGAGUAUUGUUAAAUCAGUCUGUUUCUCGCCUGAUGGUUUUACCCUAGUAUCUGGUAGCAAUGAUAGGUCUAUCCGUUUAUUUGAUAUUAAGACAGGAUAAUAUAAAGCCAAAUUUGAUGGUCAUUCGAGUUGUGUUAAAUCAGUCUGUUUCUCUCCUGAUGGUAGUACAUUAGCAUCUGGUGGCUAUGAUAAAUCUAUCCGUUUAUGGGAUAUUAAGAAAGGAUAGCAAAAAGCAUAAUUAUAUGCUCAUUCACACUAUGUCAUGUCAGUCUGUUUCUCUCCUGAUGGUACUAUAUUAGCAUCCUGUAGCGACGAUAAGUCUAUCCGUAUAUGGGAUGCUAAGACAGGAUAACAAAAAGCCAAAUUAGAUGGUCAUUCAUCAGUAGUUUAUUCAAUUUGUUACUCUCCUGAUGGUACUACACUGGCAUCUGGUGGUGGAGAUUUUUCUAUCCGUUUAUGGGAUGUUAAAACAGGAUAAUAAAAAGCCAAAUUAGAUGGUCAUUCUAACACAGUUUAUUCAGUCAAUUACUCUCCUGAUGGUACUACAUUAGCAUCUGGAAGUAAUGAUAAAUCUAUCCGUUUAUGGGCUGUUAAGAUCGAAUAAUAGAUCUUAUCUUUAGAUAAUCUUCCUAAAGAUACUCUAGCAUAGUUUUCACCUUUAAUUUUAAACAAUAACCUUUUCCAAGUAAAUGGUAUUUAUUUUUCUUUAUUAUUUAGCUCCUUCUAAUAUUACUAUUCUUAGAAUUUCAAAACAUCCAAUUUUACAAGCUUAAGAUGCUUUAAUCCUGAAAGGAAAUUUUGUAAACUAUUAGGGUGUAAAUUUACGAUCAUUGUUCAAGUCUUUAGGAAGUUGCAUUUUAUGA